AUGAAAACUAGUAAAUCACCUGAGAAUACCGAAAUUACACCAUCUAAAAAAAAACUGAAGCAAGCGCGUCUCCCAUUCAAACUCAUCAGCGAAGCUCCUGUGUCACCCGUAACUCCACAAACACGAAAAAGAAAACUUUCAGCUGCUGAAGCUGAAUCUGCGCCGAAAGUAGGCAAGAUCUGCAAAGAAAAUGAUGUAGUUGAAGAUGUCGUGACAAUUAGUGAUGAUGAGACCUCACAUACUAAAGAGACUGUAAAAAAUGAAAAACCGCUUAAUCCGUUCGUAAAGUUAGUCGACACGGCCUGGAAGAAAAAAAUUCAAAAAUCUAAGAAAAAGAAAUCAGACAAAAAAAAAUCUUCUCAGCACAAAGACUCUGAGAAUACUCCAACUCAAACAAAGGAAGAAGAGGGGAAUGAUUCAAAAAAUGAAGAUGCACCUAUGGAAGUAGAUUUAGUUCCUGUCAUUGAUUCAAGCAGAACUUGCAAUGGUAAUGUAGCGUCAAAUGAAAAUACAUCAAAAAAUGGAACUAAUGGGUCACCCAAAUCAAAAAAAACAAGUAGGAAAUCUGCAAGGAACUCAAAGGUGUCAGCAGUGUCUUCAAAAUCAGACAUUGAAGAUAAAUUGAAAGGGGAGGCUGUUUCAGAAUCAACUGUUUUAGAAGAUUCUAACAAAUCUGAUGAGGUAAAGUCAAAUUAUAUUUUUGAACCUACAAUAAACUCUGAAGUCAGUAGUUCAAACAAGACCGCAGAAAAAAAUACUAAUGAAACAUUUUUAGAAGUAAAUAAUAGUUCAAAAUGUAAUGAUUCUGAUGAAACAGGCAAUGACACCUUAAAUUCUCCUAAAAAAGAUAUUAAGACUGAAGUAAAGCUAAAUAAUCCUAUCACUACAAUUGAACCUACUAAAGAUUUGGAAACUGAUAAGUUAGAACAGGAGACUGCAGAAGGAGCAAGUCCAAUGACUGCCAAGAGGAGCACCCGAAACAAAGCUAAAUUAGAUGAAAAAACCUUAAGCAAACCAAAGCGAGAUGAAUCUGUGACAUCUGUGACAUCAAACCCUGGAACACCAAAACAUAACAGAAGCCUAUCUGUUACUACCAGUUUAGAUGAUUCUUUGAAUGAAUCUAAUCUUUCUACAGCUAAUUUAACACCAAAACAGUUACAGAAAAAACUGGAAGCGGCAAAGAAGAGGGAAGAGAGGGAAAAGGAGAAGGAAGAACGAGAGAAGAAGAAACAGCAAGAAAAAGAAGAGAAAGCCAAACAGAGAUUAGAAAAAGAGGAGCAGAAAAAGAAAGAACGGGAAGAAAAGGAGGAACAGAAGAGAAAAGAACGAGAAGAAAAAGAAGAACAGAAGAGGAAAGAAAAGGAAGAAAAAGAUAGGCAGAGGGAGCUAGAAAAAAAACAACGGGAGGAAAAGGAGGAUCAGAAGCGAAAAGAACGAGAAGAGAAGGAAGAACAAAGAAGGAAAGAGAAAGAAGCCAGAGACGAAGAGAAGCGUAAGAAACAAGAAGCUCAAGAAUUAGAGAAACAGGAGCAAGAAUUAAAGAAGAAGAAAGCGGCUGAAGCUUUCGUCAAUUUCUUUGUACCAAAACAAAAAUCGGAUAAAGAUCAGCAUGCAUUGGGUACAAUCAGCAAGAGUAGCGUUUUAUCAAGUUUCGCGAUUAAAAACGAUAUGAGGCUAGCACCCACCGUUCGUGUGGAUUUGACAGAGGAGAAAAAACAUAAAUUAGAUAAUUUGAUGGAAGAACAAAAUGUAUCUGAAUCAGCUUUGUACAUAAGAAAUCUGAAAGACGGUUCCACUAAACCCCUUUCCAGUGGAAAAACGUGGCCGUUGUCCGAGAGAGACGAUGAUGUUAUGAUUAUUGAGGAUGAAUUACCACCACUCGAUGGAGGGGGUGAGAUCAUAACAUGCGAUCCUUUAAUACGAGAAAAAUUGAGGCCGAAACUGCUUAGUUUCCAUGACAACAGGCGACCUCCGUAUUGGGGCACUUGGAGGAAGAAGAGUGUAGCUAUCAAACCAAGGAAUCCGUUUGGACAAGACGGGAAACAGCUAGAUUACGAGGUAGACAGCGACGAGGAAUGGGAAGAGGAACAGGAAGGUGAGAGUAUUGACGGCAGCGCCGCCGGAAGUGACGACGAACAAGAUGCCGACGAAUACGAAGUCGACAACGAGGUGUUUGUGCCCCACGGAUAUUUGAGCGACGAGGAAGCUACAAUGGAUGAUGAUGAUGUACUGUCCUUAUCGCCAGAAACACAAAAAGCCAGACUGAAGCACUUAGAAGAUGAAUUCGAAACAGAAAUGAAGAAGCCAACGGAGAAAUUAAAACCUAGAUUGUAUGGUAUUCUAUGGGAAACAAAUGAGGGUGGAAAGCCAGAACAUUGUGUCGAUGCCCUAUGGAACUAUUUCGGAAAAUUGUCCAUGAUCAUGAAUGAUCCAACACCUUUCCUUCAACUUUCAAGUGAACCAGAAGAAAUAGAGAAGAAGAAAGUUAAAAAGAAAAAGGUAGCCAGCGAAGGCGACAAACAAAGCCCCAAAAGUGAUAAAAAGAAGAGAGCUAAAAUGGAAAACAAAGAAAUCAAAGUUAAAAGUGACACAAAAAAUAACACCCCAGAGAUUAAGAAGAAUCAACCUGGCAUCAAUUCAUUUUUAAAGAAAGUGAAAAACAAUACUUAA